GGGACUGCCGCUCUCUCCGGGGCUCUGCACCGUGAUGGAGAUGCGAGCUCUGAUCGCAGUCCUGGUCUUGGCUCUCCCUGUACAGGUGACUUGGACGGCAGAAGCCAAUGAAGAGCCUCCAGUUGUUGUCACAAAGUAUGGGAUGCUGGAGGGGAAGAAGGUGUCUGUGAAAGGGACUCAAAAACCCGUCUAUAACUAUCUCGCCAUCCCUUUUGCAAAGCCACCAGUUGGUCCUUUGAGAUUCACUGCACCCCAGGCAGCAGAAGCAUGGACUGGAAUCAGACAGGCAACCAGCGUGCAUCCUGGAUGUCUACAAGAUGCAAAUGCAUUGAAGAUAAUCUUGGAACUAAUGCAGUUAGAGGCUGACCCCAGUAUGUUCAAAGAGGACUGCCUGUACUUGAAUGUGCAUACGCCUGUCACACCAAAGGACGGGAGCAAGAGACUUCCUGUUAUGGUCUGGAUCCAUGGCGGUGGAUUCAUAUUCGGAAAUACAUAUUUCUACAACGGAGCACCACUUGCAGCUUAUGAGGAUGUGGUGGUGGUGGUGAUCCAGUAUCGGUUGGGGGUUCUUGGCUUCCUCAGCACAGGAGAUGAGCAUCUGCCAGGAAACUUGGGCCUGUUGGAUCAAGUUGCGGCACUGAAGUGGGUUCAAGAAAACAUCGAGAGCUUCGGAGGUGACCCAGGUUCGGUGACCAUAUUUGGAGAAUCUGCUGGUUCAAUGAGUGUCUCGUUGCAUGUUGUUUCUCCCUUGUCCUCUGGCCUGUUUCACAAGGCAAUAUCAGAAAGUGGCAGUAUUGUGCCCAACGCUACAAUAAAUACAGAUCCUAAAUCAGCGGCUGUGACUAUUGCCAGCUUGAAUGGCUGUGACACUGAUCACUCCAAGGCGAUUGUUGAUUGCCUAAGGAAGAUGUCUGAAGAGGAAUUGGCAAACAUUACCAAACCUCCUGAGCUUCUCCUCUUUCCUGUGGUGGAUGGUGUCUUCUUGCCGAAAGAUGUUGAACAGCUGCUUGAGGCAGACAAGAUCAACUCGGUCCCAUACUUAUUGGGAAUCAACAAUCAAGAAUGGGGCUGGUUGAUACCGAGGAUGAUGAAUCCACCUGGUUGGGAGGAAGGAAUGGACAGAGAGACCUCGGACUCUAUCCUCAAGAAAAUAAACAGACUUAAUGAAGGUAACCUGCUGCUGGCCGUGGAUGAAUAUAUGGGAGACACACAGGACAAGGCAAAAAUCCGAGAUUUGCACCUUGAGCUGAUCAGCGAUCUGUUGUUCCUACUGCCCACUGUCCAAGUUGCCAGAAUUCACAGAGAUGCUGGAAACCCUGUCUUCCUGUAUGAGUUUCAGCACAGACCAAGUGUACAUGGAAGCAGCCGGCCGGAGUUUGUAAAGUCUGACCAUGGCGAUGAGAUAGGAUUUGUUUUUGGCAGUCCCUUUCUGGAGGAUGGUUUUCAAUUAUUAGGGAACUUCACCGAAGAGGAGGUGGUUCUGAGCAGAACAGUAAUGGCUUACUGGGCUAAUUUCGCUAAGAACGGGAACCCCAACGGGGAAGGGCUGGAAUUCUGGCCAGUUUUUGAUCAGGAUGAAGGCUACAUGCAGCUGAGCUUGAAGCCACGGGCAGGACAGAAGCUGAAGGAACACAGGGUGAAACCCUUGACCGAAAUCCUGAAGCAAAAAGGCAGAGAGGAGCAUGAGCAAAACGCAAAAGAUGAUGAACAGCAGCGAUCAGAGCUCUAACCCUUCAACAGUCGGCUGUUAAAACCCUCUGCUUAAACAGACUCUGACCCUUUGUCGAAAUCGCCGGAGCCUGAUUAACUUUUAAGACAUUAAUUUUUCUGCCUGUCUCUACCUCCAAUAUUCCUUUUGUUUUCCCAACUGUUCUUUUUCUCUUCUUAUCACCUGAUUAUGCAAAUUGGGGGAGUGGAUGGGUGGGGGGCUUAGGAGGACCCUUUUAGACAAAGAGCUGGGAUUAAAUCCCACCCAUCGCAGUGGAAACCAUAGCAACCAGGCCCGUUUAAUCAUGGGAGAGGCCCAAUGUCAAUCUCCCGGCAGGUGGCAAAACCUCCCCCCAACUAAAUCGGAGGGUGGAAGGUGCUGACCCAGGAUUCAGUGGGAUGUCAAUUAGGCUCAUUAAAUAGGAGUAGGCCAUUCGGCCCCUCAAACCUGCCCUGCCAUUCAGUAAGAUCUUGGCUGAUCUGAUUGUGUUUCAAACGCCACAUUCCCAUCUACCC